CUGGUGCUCUCCACGAGACGUGAGCGCUCAGCUCCGCGAUUUAUUGAAGCAACUCCACAAACCGCUGGUCUCCGGUUCAAGCGGUUGUUUUUUGUUUGUCAUUGUUUCGAGAAAAGAAAAGAAGAAUCUGUUAAUAGGCUACUAGUGUGUUUUGUUUUGUUCGCAGAGCAUAUCUGAUAGUUUCCAUUGCCAUGGCAGAGCGUAUUCUUACAGUACACGAGGAGAGCGAUGGCUUUAUACUUCUGAAUAGGGAGUCAGAGCACAUCUGAUUUCUCUCGCAUAUCGGCUUGGCGUUUUUACAGACGUCGGCGUUUGUAAAUUGUCGCUUUUUCAUUCAAAACAAAUCUGAGAUAAAUAACAGUGUUCGAAACACUGGUUCGUUCCGUCAACAUAGCACCGUAACAUGAUGUAUAAACAUUAGAAAAUAUAUAUUUAGGGGAAAAAAUCAAAUUUGGAUAUGGAGUCCGUCAAGAUGAGAGCUACCGCGGGCGUGAAGGAAUUUGCGGGAAAGACUUUGGGGCAUAUGUACAGGGUUAUGGAGAAACGGCAGAAACCCGGUGAGGUGAUUGAACUGACCGAAGACGGCCGACCCUCUGAGGCCGCCGUGAAAAAGCCACCCCUGUGCGACUGCACGUGCUUUGGGCUGCCCCGCCGUUAUAUCAUUGCCAUCAUGAGUGGACUCGGUUUCUGCAUCUCGUUCGGGAUCCGGUGUAAUCUAGGCGUGGCCAUUGUGGGCAUGGUCAACAACAGCACGAUACACCAGAAUGGGAAGAUCAUCAUCAAAGAGAAAGCCAAGUUUAACUGGGACCCGGAAACAGUUGGGAUGAUCCACGGCUCGUUCUUUUGGGGGUACAUAGUGACGCAGAUUCCAGGAGGAUGGAUCUGCUCGAGACUGGCAGCGAACAGGGUUUUCGGGGCUGCCAUCCUCCUCACCUCCACUCUCAACAUGUUCAUUCCCUCUGCUGCGCGGUUCCACUACGGCUGUGUCAUCUUCGUGAGGAUAUUGCAAGGUCUAGUGGAGGGUGUCACUUACCCAGCAUGCCACGGCAUAUGGAGUAAGUGGGCUCCUCCACUGGAAAGGAGUCGUCUGGCAACCACUUCCUUCUGUGGGUCGUAUGCUGGAGCUGUCAUAGCCAUGCCUCUGGCUGGUAUUCUCGUGCAGUACUCAGGAUGGUCCUCCGUGUUUUAUAUCUAUGGCUGCUUUGGGAUCCUGUGGUACAUGUUCUGGAUCUUAGUGUCCUACGAGAGUCCUGCUGACCACCCUACCAUCACAGACGAGGAGCGCUGCUACAUCGAGGAGAGCAUUGGAGAGAGUGCCAAGCUCAUGGGACCGUCCGAGAAAUUCAAGACCCCCUGGAAGAAGUUCUUCACCUCCAUGCCUGUCUAUGCAAUCAUCGUGGCCAAUUUCUGCAGGAGCUGGACCUUCUACCUGCUGCUCAUCAGCCAGCCGGCCUACUUCGAGGAGGUGUUUGGGUUUGAGAUUAGCAAGGUCGGCAUGCUGUCUGCCCUGCCUCACCUGGUGAUGACCAUCAUAGUGCCCAUUGGUGGUCAGCUGGCUGACUACCUCCGCACAAGGAACAUUCUGUCCACCACCACCGUAAGGAAGAUCAUGAACUGUGGAGGGUUUGGCAUGGAGGCCACGUUGCUGUUGGUGGUAGGAUAUUCCCACAGUAAAGGUGUAGCCAUCUCCUUCCUGGUCCUAGCUGUGGGCUUCAGUGGGUUUGCUAUAUCAGGGUUUAAUGUCAAUCACUUGGACAUCGCUCCACGCUAUGCCAGUAUCCUAAUGGGCAUAUCCAACGGGGUGGGCACAUUGUCUGGCAUGGUGUGUCCUCUGAUUGUGGGUGCCAUGACAAAGAACAAGACUCGAGAGGAGUGGCAGUACGUGUUCCUCAUCGCCUCCAUGGUGCACUACGGGGGUGUGAUCUUCUACGGCCUGUUCGCCUCAGGGGACAAGCAGCCAUGGGCCGACCCGGAGCUCACCAGCGACGAGAAGUGCGGCUUCAUCGACGAGGACGAGCUGGCGGAGGAGACGGGUGACAUCACCCAGAGCUACGGAGCCCUGGGAGGACCAGCCAAGACGUACGGAGCCACGACUCAGGUCAACGGGGGCUGGGCCGACAGCUGGGAGAAGAAGGAGGAGUACGUCCAGGAGGAGGCGGGUGCCGGAGGGUACGGGUACAAGCAGGAGGACUACUCCUAGAGCAGAGGGCCAUCCACUCACACUCCAGCCCAUGGGUAGACUUAUUUUGGAGUGUUUGCGAGUUUAGAAUUCUAAGCAGAAACAAAAAAAAAGAUAACGAUCCAUUGUUGUAUGUUUGCACAAAUUCAAAAAUCGUUAUUUAAAAAAGAUCAACUUUAAAAUAGAAAUUUAAUGUAAAACUGCUAAAGAGAACAAAUAAAAAUACAAUAGUGAUGUAACACAUAUCAGAUUGGCGAGUUGUAAAUGUAAUAUGAAUAUAAAUUCUAGAUAUAUUUAUUUGGAGUGCAAUCUUGUGUACCAGUGUGAACCAUUCCCCCCUGAGUGAGCUACCAGUCGAAGCUUGCAGGGUCACCAUAGUUACAGUUUGACAUAUUUCCUGGACAAUCCUUUCCUGUACUCUCAGAAAACAAAAAGCGUGACUAAGAUAAGAUGGGUUCUUUUGUGGCGUGGGAGAACCCCCUUGAUCUCGUUUAACAAUGUAAGGUUCCAACAGGAACAUAUAAGUUAGUUGUUUAGAGGGUUCCCCCACAUAGAUGCCCUGAGAACCCUGUUAGAGCCGCUUGUUUUUGAGAGUGCGUCCUGACUCCAGUGCCAUGGCCCCUCCUCCAGAGCCAGUGGUUGUCGUGGGGAACAGUCUGUCACUGCAGGUCAUGUGACCCAGGACAGCGCUCACAUCCUGGCGGAGGUCAUAUGUCUCCCUAAAGCACUGGUGCGGAUGUUUCUUUACCAUGCCCGAUAUGUUUUUAUUUUUCUUAUCAGCGUUUGUAAAUCUGUGUUUCUUAACAUAUAUGGCUAGGUGCAGAGAAAAAGAAAGAAUAAGAUGAGGAGAAGGAUUUGAUGACAUUCAUUACUUGCAAUACUCAGCAGUAGAGUCAUAAUGUCCUUCUUCCAUGGUCAUUGUGUAUAGACAGGCCAUUUAAAGUCAAGUGUUACCAAUGCAUUGUUGAAACCUUUUGUUUUUAUACAUGUAUGUUUUUUCAGAGGUGACAAAAGAUGAAACAAUGCAAAACGGUUCAAAAGUACAAAGAAAAAUGGUUGUACUCAGUCUGGCUUAAUGGAAAACAUGUCAAACUCAAAUGUAAACUAAUGUGGAGAGGGUUCAGUGUAGUAUAUGUGUCUAAAAACAAGUCUAAAUAGAUUAUAUUCAAAAGAGAGAUUAAGUCAAUACAGAGUUAAUACAACAUAUAAUAAAAUGUCAAUGCAGAGAAUGGAAUAAAUAACGAAUUUGAUCGAUGUUGCCAGUUGAUGAAAACUAAUUGGUGAAGUGGUUGAAUUUAAUCAACUUUAUGCCUCUUUUAAAUUGUAUUUGAAUGCUUUUGAACAUUAGAUGUGUAAAAAAAAGUCCAUGACAUGACAGCUAAUGCUGCCAGCAUCACUUCAGAAAUGUUUACCUUUCCAGAGAAAGCAGGUUGACCAAUGAAAAUUGCUGAUCAAGAUAAACAAGAUCAGCAUAAAGAAAGUAACUAGUCAGUGUAACUUUCAUGGACCUUGUAUGAAUAUUCCAAAAGUGUGUCAUUCCUUACUUUCUUACCUCUUUUGAGGUCAUCUCUGAUCUAACAGGAUUGGGUGAAUAAGUGAGCCUGCCUACGUUGCUCCAACCAAUACGGUAACAUCAGAUCAGUGAUGUCACAGCUGAACAGAGGAAGGAAGCUUUAAAAGUAUUCGAACAGGGCCCAGUGUUUUAGAGUUCUGUCAGAAGCACAAGUAGACACAGGGACCCAGCCUGUCCUCUCACUAACUGUCAGCGGAAACCUCAAUUGAGCACUUAACUAUCUAAAGUAGAUCUGUGUGUGUGUGUGUGUGUG